AUGGAUGUAGUGGAGUUGAAGAAGGGGAUUGCUGAGCUUUACGACGAGUCAUCUGGCUUGUGGGAGAACAUCUGGGGCGACCAUAUGCACCACGGCUACUACGACCCGAACGCCGACGUUUCAAGGAGCCCCCAAUUAGAAUUCCCAAGAAUUUGGUGGAUGUGGGAUGUGGGAUCGGAGGGAGCUCCAGAUCUGGCCAGUAAAUAUGGCGCCAAUGCAAAAGGCAUCACCCUCAGCCCUGUGCAGGCAGAAAGGGCCAAUGCUCUUGCUGCUGCUCAAGGGUUGGCCAACCAGGCCUCAUUUCAAGUUGCAGAUGCUCUGAACCAACCAUUUCCUGAUGGGGAAUUUGAUCUGGUAUGGUCCAUGGAGAGUGGAGAGCACAUGCCUGACAAAGCCAAGUUUGUGAAUGAGAUGGUUCGAGUUGCUGCACCAUGA